AUGCAACUUUUUAUAAAAACAUUAACUGGGAAAGUAUUCACCAUAGAAGCAGAGUCGAGCGAUACAAUUGACCAAGCUAAACAAAAAAUACAAGAUAAAGAAGGCAUCCCCCCUGAUCAACAACGUCUUAUUUUUGCUGGCAAGCAAUUAGAAGAUGGGAGAACCUUAUCAGAUUAUAAUAUUCAAAAAGAGUCUACGAUGCAUCUUGUGCUAAGACUACGUGGUGGAAUGUUUCAUGAAACCAGUGGUCGCACAGAAUUUGAUGAAUUACCACCACUUCCUCAAGCUGAAGAACGUACACUUACUCAGCCAGAAGAACGUACACUUACUCAGCCAGAAGAACGUACACUUGCUCAGCCAGAAGAACGUACACUUGCUCAGCCAGAAGAACGUACACUUACUCAGCCAGAAGAACGUACACUUACUCAGCCAGAAGAACGUACACUUACUCAGCUAGAAGAACGUCAACAGGAUCCUCCACAAGUUGAGAUUCAUAAUGACAGAAAUGACGGAGAGGAUAAUAGCACAUGCUGUAUCCCAUUAUUUAGCAUGCUAAAACUUUUAAAACCUUGUAAAAAAAAGAUCGCACCAGAUAAUAUUCCCGAGCACUCUGUUACCGUUACUUUGAAGCUUCCAACUACAAAAGAAGAGUUAUUAGCAUUAUUACGUGAGGAAGAACGACGAAGAAUGUCACCCGAAUUACAAGAAUUAUACCGCAAAGUUGGUAAUGAUCCUACAUGUGGCAGAGACUGGAUGGACGUCACUGAUCAAAUGCAAUAUGAAUUGGUUCGAGAAUUUGGAUACUCUGAUGAGGCUGUUCAACUAAUGCGGCGUGCACCGCAACUUUAUCCAGACGAUCCUGAAUUUCGUGACACUCAAGUAUAUGUCCGUAAUAAUAUCGCAAACAUUGGAAACCUUAAAGAAGAAAUGGAAGCACCAGAUUGUCCGCUUAUUCCUUUAAAAUAUUUCGACACAACAAUUCCAAAUAUUUCCAUGGAAGCUUCGGAAUUGACAGUUUCGAAUAUGUCUGUAGGAACAGCAGAUGAUACAGAUUUAUCAAAUUCAAUUUCUUUACGUUCACUUUGUCGAUCAGGACGGCCUCUGGUUCUUCUCGCUGGAUCGCUUACUUGUCCUUUAUACCGAUAUAUAUCCCAUGUACUUAAUGAUAUAUAUGAACGUUAUCGAACGAGUACAGAUUUCUAUAUGAUACAAAUUAAGGAAGCUCAUGCUAGUGACGUUUGGCCGAUUGGCAAUAUUGUAGAUGUUAAAGAUCAUAAAACAUUAGAUGAUCGUUUAACUGCUGCAGAAGAAAUGGUUAAAGCAACAGAAUUAAAAAUUCCAGUAUUAGUAGAUACAAUGGAUAAUACUUUUUUAAAGUUAUACUGCCCUUGGCCAUUCCGAUUUUUCAUUGUUGUAGAUGGUAUUUUAAAACUUGUUGGGAUGCCAAAAGAAGCUCGGUACGAUACAACUGAUUUAGUCGAGUGCUUAGAAACUCUUUUAAAACCAUAA